ACAAAAUUUGAAAAUAAGAAUUUAAAUCAUAAAUCAUAAAUCACAAGUCAUCUCUCUCCAACAUAUCGACGCUGCCGCCCCCGCCGCACGGCGCACAACCAUCGAUUACCAGUCCGGUUAUAUCUUUUUCCAAGCUCUUUCAGAAUCAAAUCUUUCGUUUUCUAUUUUUAAUCUUUGGGCCAAACAAAGAGAUGGAUGCGGAGGCAAAUGGAGCAGAGCAAACCCCUACAGAAACAAUGCAGGAGACUGUUGAGGAACUGCUUGAGGCUGCACGAUAUGACGAUAUCGAUGAUCUUAAAAAACUAGCAUCUACGGGUGUCUCGCUUGAUUCUAAGGAUUCUCAAGGCCGAACAGCACUUCAUAUGGCUGCAGCUAAUGGACAUCUUGAUAUUGUGGAGUAUCUCAUUGGUAGUGGAGCGGAUGCUAAUGCUUGUAAUGUGGAGAACAAUACCCCUCUUCAUUGGGCUUGUCUCAACGGUCAUGUUGAGGUAGUUAAGAAAUUAGUUCUAUCAGGAGCAAAUGUAAGCCUUCUAAAUACGCAUGAACGGACCCCAAUUGAUGAAGCUGUGAGCAUGGGAAAGAUGAAUGUUAUUGAUGCAAUUAAUGCCGCAAAGGCAGAAUUGGAGUUUACUGGUGUCACUGUUUCCUAAUAUUGGACUUUCAUAUUGGAAGCAUCGGUUUAAAGUGUGAAAAGUACGCAUCUUUUCUCAUAUAAACUCAUGAGUUCAUUUAUAAUAUAAUUAUCUUCCCCUCCCUCCGGUCCCUGAUAUUACAAAAUUUUGGUGACUGGCAAAGUGGCCCUUUAAUGGCUGUCUUCUGACUUUGCUUAAAUACUUAUGCUUAGUAGUUGUUUUAUACGAAAGAUCUAUGUGUUAACAAGAACAUUGUAUUGCCCUUUCCCACAAGAAGCAUCCCAUUAUGCUUGGCAAAACCAAGUGAUGCUCAUUCAGGAAUAUAGGGUAGAACAUGGUGGCAUUGAACUCUUGUUUAGUAAUUGAAAAACAGAAUUGUGCAGCAUCAGACUUCUCUUUGUGAUAUAUAUAUAUAUAUAUAUAUAUAUAUAUAUAUAUUUCAAUGUUGGGAGCUUUUGAUUGAUUAGUUAUCAUAUAAGAUAAAAAGUAGUCAAAAGUUUGUGCUGGAAGAUACUGUUUUCUGCAUCUCAACUCUCAAGUAUGAUAACCUUCUCAUUAUCUUUUGCCUAAUCAUUUGUCGACAAGCAACAGUUGUGUUUUUUUCAUUUCUGACACGAUUAGGGAAUUAUUCUAGUGGUAUUGUGCGACCCCGAUUUGUUCUUGAGGUGUCAUCCUUUUAUGUUGUGGAAAGUAUUCAUGAUUGCAACCAACCGCUAUCAAACUUGUUUAUUGCUUAUGUCCAAAUCCAUCCCACCAAAAUAAUGGUGGUCUUUAUGAAAAGCAAGGGGUUAGGUAUCUACUGCUACUUGAAAUAUAAUUUAUUGAAAUUAGAGAUUCUGUGUUUAACAAUUAUCGGAUUAUAUAUGGACAUGACCAUUUGUGUAUUAAUAUUGUAUACUUUUUUGUCAAAUACUUGUAAAAUAUAAAAAUUGUUAUAUCAAUUACGAUUUUUUUUUUAAUUUUUGUCAAUUUC